GCAGGUCACCGUCAAACUGGCGGAAAUAAGCGAAAAGCUACGGUAUGACGUUACCAAGCUGGAACCGACGCACCCGCAGGGAAUUGAACGCGUUGCUCUGCUGGAAAAGAUCCUCAAGAUUAUGUCCGGUCCGGUGCGGACGCUGCGAGCCCUCAAGGAGGAAUCCAAGCGUCGCUUCCGGGAACUGACGGAGGGCUUCGCACCCAUUACCAAGUUCUACUUCCACCGGGUGUGGGUCAACUACUCGGCGGGUGAAUCGCCGCAGGAGUUCGGGAAGUUCCUCCAUCAGGGAGCAAUCACCGAAAGCUCUUCCCAGACCCAGGUUCGGCUGUUCCUCUCCAAGACGCUGGUGCAGUGUACGGCCGGGGAAGCGGAACGGCUGGGACGGGACCCGGUCCUGUUGCCACACUUGAACGACUCGAUGCUAAUCAUUCUGGUGCUGCUGGUGGAGAACCCGAACCAUUACGAGUGCCUCAAGAGCUGCCUGACGAACUAUCUGCAUGUGGUACAGAAACACAUCCUCCCGCCACUGCUCGCUACGGAUGCCAACCCCGCCGAUCGGGUCGCCCUCGUUAAAUUCCUUACCAAGCUGAUCGUCAAACUGCCCGGCAGCACCCGAGACCGGCUGCUCGCCGCCAUGACCUUCGGCCUGUCGGCCAUCAUGCAACGCCUGCGAACGGCCGACGCCUCGCUGGAUCUGAGCGAAAUCGAAAAAGUAUUAAACCUGGACCAGCUGCAGUCCUCGUCGGCGGCGGCCGUCACUUCCAAGCUGCGCCAUCAGCACCUGAACCGUAGCAAUUCGUCGUCCCCCACGUCGGCGGCAUCGUCGUCGUCAUCGUCUUCGACCAGUGUGGAUUCGGUGGCAGCGUCGCCGUCUUCCGCGGCAACCGAUUCGCAACCGCAACCGCAGAUCAAUGGCACGAAAGAGGAGGACCCUGCGGGGGAACCGUGCGCAAUGGUCACGGAAUAGUACGGGUCAGGGGCUUGGAACGUCGAAGGUAAGAUGGGCCCUUAUGUGGUGUCUUCUUGCAGGAAUAAGCCGAAAUACGGGACAACAUAAGCACAAGUGAUUCAUUUUUAUCCUUCUUCGAUAUGGGAUGCAGAGAGGUAGAAAUAUAGUUACUAUUUAUAUUGUUCUUUUUUCUGUCGGUAAAAUUCAAUCUAGAUUCUGUGGAUUCUUUUUAUAUCUUGAUGAUUUAAACAUCGAAUUUGCCGUCUAUUCCUUUGUUUUUGCAAAUGCUUGCAAAGAUUUUUUGAAGAAAACUGCGGAAGCUUUUGCAAUGCUUAUCGAUAAUAAACCAUAUGGACAACUGUAA